CAUACGUUAAAAAUUUUCAAAUUCGAUUUUUUCGAAAACGGGACAACAGACGAAAGACAUUUAAUGAAAGAUCGCUUUUCUUUUAUUUUCUUCCUGGAGUCGAAUGUAUGUUUACUCCUUCGUCUUAUAAUUUGCUUGUAGAAUAUUUUUAUCAUGGUAAUAUUUUAUCUUACUAUAUUUAGUAUGAUAAGAAUUCAUUUUGUAUCUCUCUAGUAUUGUCAAUGGUCCAUUACGCGUCACGAAUUAUCUAAUACUACAAUUUAAAAGUCUAAUCAUUUUAGGAAGUCACAUUAAUACUAUCGUGAAUAAAAUUUCAUUCCAGUACGCUUGUUAUAUUAUUAUUAUUAUGAAACAUAUUUAUCUAGCAUAUUUAUAUUUUUUUUUAUGAUAUACCUUUGUAGAGAGAAAAGAGCUUUAUUAUUGAAUGAAAUUGCUUUACGAAAAAAAGCUCUUCUUAUUGAAGAUUUUCCAAACCAAGAAUUAAUAGAUGAAUUUCUUAUUAAAAAAGCUUCAGUACCUGCAAAAAUAGAUAUUCAGUGGAAACAACCGCAAGUGAAUGAAUUCAUAGAUUUCAUGGAACGAUAUUUAUCUUGGGAACCACAAUAUGCAUUUGAGAAGAUAUUUCCUCUAGUGACUCGUUGGCAACUUGUACACCUUCCAGGUAUUUCUGCAGACAACCGUCUAACAAUGCUCGAUUUAUACAUACCUGAAGCAAUAAAGAAAGUUCGGAAUAUUAGGUCUGUUGCGAGUUACGAAAUUAUUUGGAAGACUGAUCAUAGUACGAUAAAAAGAUUAAAAGAAUAUAUUGCAUUAGAUAAUGUGAGUGAUAAUGAUGCAGAUAUUCUACCUGAAUUGACAAGCAUUGAGCCACAAACUGCAGUACAGAAAUGUUAUCCAGAAUUAGUUGAGGCAUUUGAAAAUGCAAAAAAUGUGAAAACAAAGAAACGACCGAAUAAAAAGAAAAUACAAAACGAUACAGAUGCUAGUGAUAAAAAACGUAAAGCAGAAAAAAGGCGCCAGAAGAGAAAUGCAAAAACAGAAAAUAAUAGAAAAAUUGAUGAAUUUAUUUCCAAAAAUGAUCCUACGUCUUUAGAAGAAUCUUUCCGGAGGAUGAGUAUUACGCCAAUAAGANAAAGAAGUGAUAAAGUUAAACGCGGUCCUCAGUUCGAAAAAGUAUUACAAUUAGAGAAUAUCAAUUCAAAAUUAAAUAAUACAUUGGAUAGAAUGUUUAAUGAACUUUCACCGGAUGAUUUUAUUGACGAGAACGAUGAUCAUGAUGUAAACAUGUCAGAGAUAAUAGACAAUAUAUGUAAUCAAAGGGUCUUCAAAUUCAAUGUUUCGGAAAAUGUGCAAACAUCUAAAGAUGAAAAUAAUUUAUGUGAAAAAGACACUGAAGAUGUGAAAAUAGUUGACGACAUAGUUAAUUUUGAAACGAACUCUGAUCAAUGUUUCAGAAAUGAUGUAGUUCAUAAUCAAUCAGUUGAUGAAUUUUCUGAUAUAAAUGAAUCCUAUAUUCCUCUUAAUCACAGAAUAAAUUGCGAGAAACCGAAGAGAAGGCUUCAAAGAACUUCUACGCUAAUAAACGAUAGAUUUAGUCUUGGAUUUGAUGAUCUUAUGAAUGAUACCGACCCGGAAACACAAUUUCUCACGUAGCAUUUAAUACGAAGUGCGUUUCUUUACGUGAUUGAUGCAUUUAAUGCGUAAUGCAAUUGGUUACUAAAACAAGAUACCAGAACAAGUAUAAAAUACCAUUGAUUGCCUUCAUAUUUUAGUAUUUGUGCACAUACACAAUAUGUUAUACAUAAUUUUAAAAGAUCUUUCGUAUUUCUAAGUAACUAAGUCGUUAUUAUUUUAAAUCUUAUAUUUUCUUAUAAAUUCGAUAUAAAUUACUAUAUAAGAGUCUUACCACGAUAUA